UAAAUAUUAAUAAAUUAAAAAAUUGUAAAGUAAAAAUUAAAAGGAAAAGAGAAUAAAAAUGCCAUGAAGGCAAAAGAGAAGGCCAACAUGUCCGGUGCCAUCGUCACCGGAUCUUUUUAGCCAUAAAUAACGACUUUGUCCACUCUCUCUCUCUCUCUGCUUAUUGCUCAACAUACCCAUCUCAUAUCUGUGCAUCAUAUCAUUAUUUUCUCCAUUUUCCAUCUCUAAUAAGGCAGCCUUUCUCUGUCUAAAUCUCACAACAACAACCUGAAAAAAAAAGAAAAAAAAGAAAAAAAAAAAGAAACCCACUCUUCCUCUUGAAAAGUUAUAAUAAGAAAGAGAAACCCAACACACACACAGCAAUAAUUCACUUUUCUUUUCUUUUCUAUCGUUCUUUCCCUUUUCUCAGUAUAUCAUAUCAUAUCAUCUCUUUAUUUCCACCUCUGUUACCUCGUCCUUUUCAUUCCCUUCUCUCCCUCUUUCUCUUCUAUCGUCAGGCUGAGGUUUCUGGAUAGCAGCAUAUGCAAUGUGCAUAGCAGUAACCUCCGUGCACUUUCCAGAUAGCUGAAAGCAGAUAUCUGGAGUUUUUAUCAUUGCCAAUUGUGAUUCUCUUGAAACCAGUUAUAAAGAGGAUAUCAAGCAAUGUCUAGCUCCACAAAAGCUUUGGAUCCUGCAUUUCAGGGAGUGGGUCAGAGACCAGGGACUGAAAUUUGGCGAAUUGAGAACUUUCAGCCAGUUCCCCUGCCAAAAUCUGAUUAUGGAAAGUUCUACAUGGGGGAUUCGUACAUUGUCUUGCAGACAACAUCUGGCAAGGGAGGGGCUUAUCUGUACGACAUACAUUUCUGGAUUGGAAAAGAUACAAGUCAGGAUGAAGCUGGAACAGCUGCUAUCAAAACUGUUGAACUCGAUGCUGUUCUGGGAGGGCGUGCUGUUCAACACAGAGAACUACAAGGCCAUGAAUCUGACAAGUUCUUGUCCUAUUUCAAACCUUGUAUCAUACCAUUAGAGGGUGGUGUUGCUUCUGGAUUUAAAACACCUGAAGAAGAACAAUUUGAAACAAGGUUGUAUGUGUGCAGGGGAAAGCGUGUGGUUAGAAUGAAGCAGGUGCCCUUUGCUCGGUCUUCAUUGAAUCAUGAUGAUGUGUUUAUCUUGGACACUGAGAAGAAGAUCUAUCAGUUCAAUGGUGCAAAUUCCAAUAUCCAGGAAAGGGCCAAGGCUUUGGAAGUAAUUCAGUUUUUAAAGGAAAAGUAUCAUGAGGGGACAUGUGAUGUUGCAAUUGUUGAUGAUGGGAAAUUAGAUACCGAGUCAGAUUCAGGUGAAUUCUGGGUGCUUUUUGGUGGUUUUGCUCCAAUUGGCAAAAAGGUUAUCAGUGAAGAUGAUGCUGUCCUAGAGACUACUCCUCCUAAACUAUACAGCAUUACUGAUAGUGAGGCAAAGAUUGUAGAAGGAGAACUGUCCAAAGGCAUGUUAGAGAACAACAAAUGCUAUCUACUGGAUUGUGGUGCUGAGGUGUUUGUUUGGGUUGGCCGUGUAACUCAAGUCGAAGAGAGAAAAGUUGCCAGCCAGGCUGCUGAGGACUUUCUUACAAGCCAAAACAGGCCAAAAUCUACUCGUAUAACCCGGGUUAUUCAAGGAUAUGAGACUCAUUCAUUCAAGUCGAACUUUGAUUCCUGGCCAGCUGGUUCAGCAGCUCCUGGUGCUGAAGAGGGAAGAGGGAAAGUAGCAGCUUUGCUGAAGCAACAAGGUGUCGGUGUCAAGGGUAUAUCAAAAAGUGCUUCUGUUAAUGAGGAAGUCCCACCAUUGCUUGAAGGAGGUGGAAAGAUGGAGGUAUGGUGCAUCAAUGGUAGCGCAAAGACUCCAUUGCCCAAAGAGGAUAUUGGUAAAUUUUACAGUGGAGAUUGCUAUAUCAUACUUUACACCUAUCAUUCCGGUGAUAGGAAAGAAGAUUUCCUUCUGUGCUGUUGGUUUGGGAAGGAUAGCAUAGAGGAAGACCAGAAGACAGCUGUUAAGUUGGCCAACACAAUGUCCAACUCACUAAAGGGUAGACCUGUUCAGGGUCACAUUUUUCAAGGUAAGGAGCCACCACAGUUCAUUGCACUUUUUCAGCCAAUGGUUGUCCUCAAGGGUGGUGUGAGCUCUGGUUACAAGAAAUUUAUAGAGGAGAAAGGAUUGACAGAUGAAACUUAUACAGCAGAGUGUGUUGCACUAUUUCGGAUAUCUGGAACUUCAGUUCAUAACAAUAAAGCAAUACAAGUUGAUGGGGUGGCAACAUCAUUGAACUCUACAGAAUGUUUCCUUCUGCAAUCUGGUUCUUCAAUGUUCACGUGGCAUGGGAAUCAAAGUACCUUCGAGCAGCAGCAGUUAUCUGUGAAAAUUGCUGAAUUCUUGAAGCCAGGAGCUAUUUUGAAACAUGCUAAAGAAGGAACUGAAAGCUCAGCUUUUUGGUUUGCACUUGGAGGCAAACAAAGUUACACCAGCAAAAAAACUUCAUCAGAAAUUGCCAGAGACCCACACUUGUUCACUUUCUCAUUCAAUAAAGGAAAGUUUCAGGUUGAAGAAGUCUACAACUUUUCUCAGGAUGACCUGUUGACUGAGGAUGUUUUGAUACUUGAUACACAUGCUGAAGUGUUUGUCUGGGUUGGUCAAUGUGUAGAUCCCAAAGAAAAGCAGAGUGCUUUUGAAAUUGGCCAGAAAUAUAUAGAAAUGGCUGCUUCUCUUGAUGGUUUGUCUCCAAAUGUGCCUCUGUACAAAGUUACCGAGGGAAAUGAACCAUCUUUCUUUACAACAUACUUUUCAUGGGAUCCCACAAAAGCGAUGGUUGCAGGAAAUUCAUUCCAAAAGAAGGCGGCAUUACUGUUUGGUGUUGGGCAUCAUGCAGCAGAUGAGAAAUCCAAUGGGAAUCAAGGAGGACCAACUCAAAGGGCUUCUGCUUUAGCUGCCUUAUCUAAUGCAUUUAACCCAUCCUCUGGGAAGAUGGGCCCUUCAGGUCAAGAUAGGUCCAAUGGAUCUAAUCAAGGACCGACACAAAGAGCUUCAGCUUUAGCUGCUUUGAAUUCUGCAUUUAGCUCAUCUCCUGGAUCCAAAUCCACUACUUCAAGGCCAUCUGCAGCAGGUCAGGGAUCACAAAGAGCUGCUGCUGUAGCUGCUCUUUCACAAGUGCUUACUGCUGAAAAGAAGAAAACACCUGGAAGCUCUCCCUCACGCAGUCCUCCCCCAGAAGCUACUUUUUCCCCUGAAGGGAAAAGUGAAAAUUCAGAAGUGGAGAAUCCUGAAGAAGUCUCAGAAGUGAAGGAAACAGAGGAAGUUGCAUCUGUUUCUGAAAGUGUUGGGGAGGAUUCAGAGACAAAACAAGACACUGAGCAGGAUGACAAAAGUAAUCAAAGCACUGAUAGUACAUUCAGUUAUGAUCAGCUGAAGGCUCAUUCUGAGAAUCCUGUAACUGGAAUCGAUUUUAAACGGAGAGAGGCCUAUCUUGCAGAAGAGGAUUUCCAGACUAUAUUUGGGAUGACAAAAGAAGCAUUCUAUAAAUUGCCAAAAUGGAAGCAGGACAUGCAGAAGAGAAAAGUUGAUUUAUUUUAGAUAUCACAAAUCACAUGCAUCAAAAGGAAUGAUAUCUCUACUUCUGAAUGCUUCAACUUACACUUCCUCAUUCAUUAUGAUCUUCGCCGCCCUGUCGAAAAGUUGUGGUUUUUUUUUUGUUCAUUUUCUUUUCUUUUUUUUUUUUCUUUUUUUUUUUCAGGGCACGUCUUGCCCGGCUUGCUUUGUCUAGCAAUUUUAGUAUCUGCCCUUUGAUGAGUCUAGCUGUGAUUAGCAUCCAUAUUUGUUGUGAUAAUGCCUGAAGAGUGGUUUUGCCCUUUUUUAUCAUUUUUCCUUCUUUUAUCUCCUGCUGCCUCUUCUGUAAUGAUACCAGAUUGUAGUUCUAUAGUAGGCAGUUGGCAGGUCAUUCUUUCAUUUGGUCAGUAUUGUAUCCCAUAUGUGAUCUAUUAAGACCUUUUUCUUCUUUUAA